ACGCGCCCGGGCUCGGCUACAAAAGACCACGGCUGCGGCGCGCCGAGCGGAACUUUCCAGAACGCUCUGGGAGACACGGAGGAGCGGUGGCUGCCCGAGCUGCGCACAGCGACGCGCUCCUUCUCGCUCCCCUACACUGGCAGCAGCCCGCUCACCGGCUGUAGAAAAUGGUGAAAGAAACCACUUACUAUGAUGUUUUGGGGGUCAAACCCAAUGCCACCCAAGAAGAAUUGAAAAAGGCUUACAGGAAACUGGCCUUGAAGUACCACCCUGAUAAGAAUCCAAAUGAAGGAGAGAAGUUUAAACAGAUUUCUCAAGCUUAUGAAGUGCUCUCUGAUGCAAAGAAAAGGGAAUUAUAUGACAAAGGAGGAGAACAGGCAAUUAAAGAAGGUGGAGCAGGUGGCGGUUUUGGUUCCCCCAUGGACAUCUUUGAUAUGUUUUUUGGAGGAGGAGGCAGGAUGCAGAGAGAAAGGAGAGGUAAAAAUGUCGUACAUCAACUCACAGUAACUUUAGAAGACCUAUAUAAUGGUGCAACAAGAAAACUAGCUCUGCAAAAGAACGUGAUUUGUGACAAAUGUGAAGGCCGAGGUGGUAAGAAAGGAGCAGUAGAGUGCUGUCCCAAUUGCCGAGGUACUGGAAUGCAAAUAAGAAUUCAUCAGAUAGGACCUGGAAUGGUUCAGCAAAUUCAGUCUGUCUGCAUGGAGUGCCAGGGCCAUGGGGAGCGGAUCAGUCCUAAAGAUAGAUGUAAAAGCUGCAAUGGAAGGAAGAUAGUUCGAGAGAAGAAAAUUCUAGAAGUUCAUAUUGACAAAGGCAUGAAAGAUGGCCAGAAGAUAACAUUCCAUGGUGAAGGAGACCAAGAACCAGGACUGGAGCCAGGAGAUAUUAUCAUUGUUUUAGAUCAGAAGGACCAUGCUGUUUUUACUCGACGAGGAGAAGACCUUUUCAUGUGUAUGGACAUAAAGCUGGUUGAAGCAUUGUGUGGCUUCCAAAAGCCAAUAUCUACCCUUGACAACCGAACUAUAGUCAUCACUUCUCAUCCAGGUCAGAUUGUCAAGCAUGGAGAUAUCAAGUGUGUGCUAAAUGAAGGCAUGCCAAUUUAUCGUAGACCAUAUGAAAAGGGUCGCCUAAUCAUUGAAUUUAAGGUAAACUUUCCUGAGAAUGGCUUUCUUUCCCCUGAUAAACUCUCUUUGCUGGAAAAACUCCUACCUGAGAGGAAGGAGGUGGAAGAGACUGAUGAAAUGGACCAGGUAGAACUAGUGGACUUUGACCCGAAUCAGGAAAGACGGCGCCAUUACAAUGGGGAAGCCUAUGAGGAUGAUGAGCACCACCCUCGGGGCGGGGUUCAGUGUCAGACCUCCUAAUGGGGCUGCUGCAUGGCACUCGCUGCUGGCGUUUUAUUUGCAGUAGUGAUUGAGUGAAGGACUAUAAUCAUAAUACGCUCACUACUUGCUAUUGUUUUGUUUAAAUAUUCAAUUAUAGUAGUGUUUUAAAAGUUAAAUGAAGAAUAAACUCAAAUAUAAAAGCUC